CUUGCGUGCAUUGAAGGCAGCCACUGCCUGGAUUGGGAGGUCCCUUCUCAUUGCUGUUCUCUGCCUCUUGCAGCUGCAGGCAGCAGCAUCACUUGCAUGUGGAUAUCAAGCUCUGUGUUUCCCAGGCUGCUGGUGACAACCUCUGCAGUGAUUGCUCAGGACAUACAAAGGAUCCAUCCUGCACUGAUGUUUAUUUGCUGGAUUGAAGAUGACAGAUGAAAAGAGUGCAUAAUGGUUCCAGCAUCUCUGAUGAAUGUCGACCUCCGGCCAAGAGGAUAGAGUGGAAACCUACAUGUGUAAAUGUUCACGUGUCUUCACGGAUAACAUCAGAUAAGUCAAGACGGAUCCAUGUGAACAAUGAAUUUACGGAAAUGACAACAGAACGACAACGAAUUAACGGAGGAUUUUAGACCAUUUCCUUCUGUAUUUUAAAAAUGUCUCUUAACUGAUGUGUUCCAUCUGUUGGACAAGAAAAUGAUCAAGGCACCAGGGAGACACUUCAUAGGAAGCAUCGUCUAGAAGACUGCAGAAGCUAUGGCUUCGAAGGUGUCAUGUUUGUACAUUCUGACAGUGGUGUGUUGGGCCAGCGCUCUUUGGUACUUAAGUGUCACCCGUCCGACAUCCAAUUACACAGGUUACCGGCUGAACAAGAUAGUCAUAUCUCAAAAAAACAUUUCCUUUGGCAAUAUUAGAACUCGACCUAUAAACCCUCAUUCAUUUGAAUUUGUGAUUAAUGAACCCGAAAAAUGUGAAAAUAACGGGAGUCCUUUUCUGGUCAUUCUGAUAAGCACAACCCAUAAAGAGUUUGAUGCAAGGCAAGCCAUUCGAGAAACUUGGGGCAACGAAAGCAACUUCAAGGGGAUUAAAAUUGUUACACUUUUCCUUCUUGGCAAAAAUGGCGACCCUGUUUUGAAUCAGAUGGUGGAGCAAGAGAGUCAAAUAUUUCAUGAUAUCGUUGUAGAAGACUUUAUAGAUUCCUACCAUAACUUGACUCUCAAAACCAUGAUGGGCAUGAGAUGGGUGGCCACCUUCUGCUCAAAGGCAAAAUAUGUCAUGAAAACGGAUAGCGAUAUUUUUGUAAAUAUGGACAACCUGAUAUACAAACUACUGAAACCAACCACCAAACCUAGAAGGAGAUACUUCACAGGUUACGUCAUCAACGGAGGACCUAUAAGGGAUGUCCGCAGCAAAUGGUACAUGCCGAGAGACUUGUACCCAGAAAGCAACUACCCACCAUUUUGUUCGGGAACUGGAUAUAUAUUCUCUGCUGAUGUGGCAGAGCUCAUUUAUAAAACUUCCCUCCAUACAAGACUUUUACACCUGGAGGACGUGUAUGUUGGUUUAUGCUUACGAAAACUGGGUAUACACCCAUUUCAAAACAGUGGUUUUAAUCACUGGAAAAUGGCCUACAGCCUGUGUCGCUAUCGUAGGGUCAUUACAGUACAUCAGAUUGGCCCUGAGGAAAUGCACAGGAUUUGGAAUGACAUGUCAAGCAAAAAGCAUCUGCGUUGUUAAAUUUUUUUAGAGUGUUGUUUAUUGUUACCAGGACACUUGAGUAAAGGCCGGUUGCAAAAAAUAAAUAGAUAACAAAAUAAAAAAAUUAAAAUAAAAAGUAACUUUUAUACAACUUUUUCACUUUUGCUGGCCAAUAGAGACUUUGAGACACCGGUUUCUCAUCAAAUGUAAAAAAAAAAAAUACUUUGUGGAUAGUUCUUUCUCUGAUGACUUGAAAAUACAAUCUGGAUUCAACACAACAUCACGAUCCGAGCAUCAUUUCAAGGCGUGCACUAUCAUCAAGUAUUCGGAAUUUAACUUUUAUGUAGCCAUUGGUGUCCCCGUGUGACACAGAAAAUAUUUUUUUACUGGACAUAUGUGACCGUCCAGAGAAUGUUCAAUAUGCUUAGCUCAGAAUCGAAAUACGUGGAGAUACAUUGUGCUAUUGUACUUUUAACUGUUUUUCCAAUUCUGUAUGCAGCAUUUCAGAAAAAUAGACCUUAAAGGAGUUAUCCCAUGAUAAAUGU